UCGUCCUCAUGCAGACCGUCUAUUACGGCUCGUUGGGCCUUUGGCUGGCGCUGGUGGACGGGCUAGUGCGCAGCAGCCCCUCGCUGGACCAGAUAUUCGACGCCGAGAUCCUGGGCUUUUCCACCCCUCCUGGCCGGCUCUCCACGAUGUCCUUCGUCCUCAACGCCCUCACCUGUGCCCUGGGCUUGCUGUACUUCAUCCGGCGAGGGAAGCAGUGUCUGGAUUUCACUGUCACUGUCCAUUUCUUUCACCUCCUGGGCUGCUGGUUCUACAGCUCCCGUUUCCCCUCGGCGUUGACCUGGUGGUUGGUCCAGGCCGUGUGCAUUGCGCUCAUGGCUGUCAUCGGGGAGUACCUGUGCAUGCGGUCGGAGCUCAAGGAGAUCCCUCUCAACUCAGCCCCUAAGUCCAAUGUCUAGAGUCGGGUCCUUUGGACACCCUGCUGGGCACUUAAUACCCCCCUGCCCCAACACCUUGGUCUGCUCAGGCCAUCCAGAUGAGGUCCAGCCCAGGUCUGAGAGGAACCCGGGAAAUGUGAAGCCUCUGUUGGUGUGGGAGAGAGAGUGAGGCCCUGUUAAGAAGGCGGGUAGCAGUCAGGAUCACAGCUGCAAGAAGGGCCUCUGUCUGCUGAAACCUUGGUUUCUGGGAGGUCAGCGAGGGGACCUCUUUCAGAGUAAUAACAGAAUCGAAACCAUGUUACUCUUGAGCCAUCAUACCUGUCACCAGCCUGUUGUUUUAAAAAGGAAAAAAAAAUCAAGGAUAUCUGAUUGGAGCAAACCACUCUUGUAGUCAUCUGUCGUACCUCCCUGGGACAGCUGUUACCUGGGCCAUGUUGCUGAACUGCAGCUAUUCUGUCUGGAGAAACACUUGGCUUCCGGACCCAGAGCCACAGAGAGAGACGUUGGCGCAAAGUAGCAGACUGCCGACAGGGAGAGGACGGCAGAUGGAGGCAUCAAGCACAAGGAGAACGCACAGCCUGUGCCCUGCCACACGCCUGUGCGCGCACACCCAUGAACUCAUGACAGACCGUCUUCUGGUUCUCUGCUGGGUCCCCACCCUGCUGCCAGCUUUCAACUCGCGGGCUGUAGGACCCAGAGAAGAAUCCCAGCAUCGCUCCCCGUCAGACCCUCGCACUAUAGUCGCUGCCUGUUCUCUAGGGAUGACCAGGCACCCCGCCUCCCACUGGCCCUCAGUUCAGGCAAGAGUUGCCUUCUGCUGCCUGGUUUGGAGUUCCAUGGUGAGGAGGGGACGGUGGGUGCCCAGACACUGGAAGCCCAGCCUUCCAGCUUGAGGUGCACUGAUUGUGCCAAGGGAGACAGGAAUUAGCUACUAAGAUUUUUCUUUGGGGUGAAGUGUUCUCCAUGGGAGGCUUGUAGCUGCCCUACCUGUGCACAUAAAUACAGUAUUUUCCAUGGUUC